AAAUCUCUCUGAUGAUACAGCUGUCAGUCGCCAUGACAACAGACACAAAAGAACAGCCUCUCCUCAGCAGCUGUAGCCAUGGCAACACCCUCAGACAACAGCAUCAGCUCGGAUGUAACAAACACUUGACAGAUUCAUUACAUCCGCUCAGAUAAUGACACUUGCUGAAGAACAAACCCUGCAUCACUGACGUCACCGGCCGUCCACAAAAUGACAGAUUUUGGCUUUAAAAACGCGCGUUCGUGAAAACGUAAUGCUUGUAUUAGGGUUAAUAAGUAAUGUAUAUUUAAAUAUCUUUGGCUCAGUACGAAAACAAAACAACAAAUCAGUGUUUUAUAAGCCCCACCGUGAUUUGUGGCUCAUACAUGAAUAAUUCAUGAGCACAAUCAAAACUGCUACGUCACGGAUUUACAUACUCGUGUCUGAUGUGAGUGCGCGCGCGUGCUCGAUGGAUGAUGCUGAGAUCGAUUGAUUUGUAAAGCGGAGGACAUGUAUGAGGAGAAGCGAUGGAGGAAAUAAACGACUCGAGAAGGAGGAGGAGGAGGAGAAGAAGAAACGCUUGAUGCGAGGACGCUGAGCUUUGAUCGACUCGGAGAGGCUGAUGAUGUACUUCCUGUCCAUGGAGGGCGCGAAGCCAUCGCUCCACCCUGCUUUCCUUUUCAACGACUCCGAAAGGAACGAUUCUUCAACGCCAACGCCGGUCAUGUGCCGCCUGGACUCGUCCUCGUUCCAGAGCAACGGCUCGCUGACCUCAUACGACCUGACCUAUGACCUGACCCCGACAGAGGUCACGCUCCUCGGCCUGGUGUUCAGCGUCUUCUGGCUCGUGUCGGUUCUGGGAAACUCGCUAGUGUGUCUGGUGAUCCAUCGCAGCCGCAGAACUCAGUCCACGACCAACUACUUUGUGGUGUCGAUGGCGUGUGCGGACCUGCUGCUUAGCUUAGCCUGUGCGCCGCUAGUUCUGCUCCAGGUGUCGGCGGGUCACUGGCCUCUGACCGCGGCCGCAUGUCGAACCGUACGCUACCUUCAGCACCUGUGCCCCGGCGUCCAGGUGUACGUGCUCCUGUCCAUCUGCGUCGACCGCUUUUACACCAUCGUGUACCCGCUAAGUUUUAAAGUGUCGCGCGAGAAGGCUAAGCGCAUGAUUUUAGCAUCAUGGCUGUUCGAUGCCGCCUUCGUGUCGCCGUGUUUGUUCUUCUACGGAUCCACGACUUCUCGGAACCACUGCGACUUCUUCCUAGCAGAUAGCUGGAACGGGUUAGCAUACGCGGUCACGCACCUGCUCUUCGGAUUCCUGGUGCCGGCCCUUCUAAUCGUGUACUUCUACCAGCGGGUGGUGCGCUACAUCUGGAGGAUCGGCGCCGAUGGGCGAACGGUGCGCAGGACCAUGAACAUCGUCCCCAGGACUAAAGUCAAAACCAUUAAGAUGUUCCUGAUGCUAAACGGUAUGUUUCUGCUAAGCUGGAUGCCGUUUUACGUGGCGCAGUUGUGGCACCCGUCGGGCUCCGGCAGACAGGGGGCGCUGUUCUUCAUCGCCGUCACCUGGAUCUCCUUCAGCUCCACCGCGUCCAAACCCACGCUCUACUCCGUGUACAAUGCUAACUUCCGGCGUGGCAUGAGAGAGACCUUCUGCAUGUCAUCUAUGAAGUGCUACCGCAGUAACGCGUACACCAUCACCGCUAGCUCGCGGAUCGCGAAAAAGAACUACAUCGGCGUGGUGGAUCUGCCGGUGCCAGCAAAGACACUCGUCAAAGACUCGGUUUACGACACUUUCGACCGAGAAGCAAAGGAGAAGAAAUUAGCAUGGCCCAUUAGCUCUAACCCACCCAACACUUUUGUGUAAAGGCUCUCUUUUGUCGUAACGCAACAGUUCACACAUACAUUUACAUUAAUUUGUUGUAACAUUCAACGCUGUGCUGUUUUUCAAAAACAUCUUAUUGAACAAAACUAUAUUCUGAGAACAUUUAAAAACACUUCUGUGAACGAUACGAAACAGUGACUGCAUCAUUCUUCAAACAUUAUGAAACGUUACUUCUGAAUCUGAACGUUCUGAAACCAGAAACAUUUAAAAUCAGAUAACUUUGAACGAACGUUCAAUUAAUGUUUUGAGAACGUUUGUUCAUAACGUUGAGAGAACCUUGACGGAACGUUUCCUGUUCGCUGAGAUGAGGCCAGCUUUGAGUGAACUGUUGCUUUACCUGCACCUCGAUCAUGAAACGCGCGAUCACAUUAGCUCUCUGAUGGAUGGAGCGCCGCUCACACACUUCCUGUUGGACUCACCAUCCCUGACACCUCCUGGAGUAACUGGAUUACGCGGCAGGAUGUGACCGAGCUACGCCUGCAGAGAUGCUAAACCGCGGUGCUACUGCUAACUGUGACGUCACGUGUUCUUCUGUCGGUGUCCUGCAGGAUUCAUGGGAAUCUUCAGAAAUGAGUUUUGUGUUUUUGUCCCUGUAGUUGCAGAUACACUUUGUCUCAUAGGUGUGUGUGUGUCGUGUCAUGAUGCAAGACAGACGUGUCACGUGUCCUUGUGACUUUACAAUUAAACGUCCUGUGAGAUUCA